AUGCCACCCAAGAAGAAACUCAAAUGUAAGGCUUUUGAAACCUCAUUUGAAGGCGUUGAUACAUCAACCGAUGAUGAGAGUCAGGAUGUCUUUCUGGUUCCACCUAGUCCCCAGAAACCUCAACUACGACACACACCCUGGCUUACGAAGUAUGCGCCUCACACUACCUCAGAUAUCUGCAUCAAUCCAAGCAAGUUGAAGCAGGUGAAAGAGGCAUUGUACAAUAUGAACACACAUCAACUGAAGACAAAAGUGUUGGUUCUUGUCGGCCCGUGUGGAUCAAGCAAAUCGACUGCGAUCAAGCUCCUCGCCAAAGAAAUGAACAGUGCAGACGUGUUCAACGAUAAUUUGAUUGAGUAUGAUGAAUCGGAAAAUAUUACCCGUUUUCUUCAAAGCUGCAAGUACAAGACACAAUCGGUGGUUUUGAUUGAGGAGCUUCCUAAUGUUUACCAUGAGGAAACAUUGCGCGAAUUCAGAGAGGCUAUCAGGCAAUGGGUUUUCACUGGAAUUGCAUUACCUCCAUUAGUGAUUUGCAUUAGUGAAUUUGAAUAUGAAUCUGGUAGGAUGCAGUAUCACUAUGGACUCGAGAACAACAUGACUAGUGAGACGUUAUUGGGUCGCGAAUUGCGGAGUUAUCCAGAAUUGGAAACGAUUCGAUUCAAUUCCCUAGCGACGAGAUUUUUGAAGAAAACAGUAAACACAAUUCUAAAAAGUGAGGGCUUAACCAAGCUACUAAAUGAUGCUAAAUUUGACGCAUUUCUUCAGGAGCUAUUCAAGGUUGGUGACAUAAGAUCAAUCAUCUUGAGUUUGGAAAUGUGGGUGAAGUUUUACAAAGCAGGGGUCUAUUACAAUCGAGAAAGUACUCUUGGUAUAUUCCAUGCUAUUGGAAAAGUGAUAUACUCAAGUAAAGAAUUUGAAGGUGAUGCCCAGACGAUUAAUAUGCACACGGUUUCGCAGGUUAUGGAGAUGUUGCCAGAGAAAAAUUUAAGCUUGUUGAACUUGGGGUUAUUGGAAAACUAUCAUAUAUACCAGGAUGCGAACUAUGACUUGUCGAUUGCAGAGAAUAUAGCUGAAGACUUGAGUGUUAAUGAUUUGUCUCCCGUUGGCGAAAUCGGAAUACGGUCGACAAGACUUCAUCUAAGCAAGGCUGGUCCUAAAUCUUCUACAUCGAAACUCAAAAUGAAAUUCCCACGUCAUUUCAAAGUGUUAAAAGUAAUGCGAAGGACUAGUACUCGUCUAGACGAGUAUCGACGCUAUAUAUCACCCACGAGCUCAGCCGAAAACUUGAAUUUGAUUGAUGGGUAUUACUUGCCAAUGAUAUUCAACAGAAAACGCAAGACGCGAUACAAGUACAAUAGACUCGGGGGGAAGUUACACGAAAUUUAUGCCGAUGAAAAUGUCGCCGUCGACGACCAUGUUACGACGUAUGAGUAUGACCAAUUUCAAAACGAUAUUGAUCUUGCAGUUAACCGCUUGGAUGGUGACAACGAAAGCGACACCCUCAGUGACCAAGUAGAGGAAAGUUCAUUUGAGGAUUCGGACGACGGCUUUGGAUCCGACACAGAGAUAGACUUUUUAAUAUCGCAAGGAAAAUUGUGA